AUUCAUAGAGUCAACUGAUCCAUUUCUUAUUUGGAUCUUUGAAAAUUGCCCCCAUUUUGAUGACCCACGUAUUUCACAGAUUACAAUACGAAAAAUAAAUAAAUUAGAGUAGGGGUAAUUUUGUAUAUAUAAGCCAGCAGCUACAAACUUCUAGGUAUAAAAACCCCCAAUCUCUCUCCCUCCACUGUUCUACAACGAACUCAGGCUUAUAAAGAUCAUUUUUUUUACAUCUUACAGAUCUUGAUCAGUAAGAAGAAUGGCAACUUUUGAAUUAUACCGCCGAUCAACAAUUGGUAUGUGCUUGACGGAAACAUUGGAUGAGAUGGUUUCGAAUGGGGUUCUUAGUCCGGAGCUUGCUAUUCAAGUCCUUGUUCAGUUCGAUAAGUCAAUGACAGAAGCUCUUGAUAGUCAAGUUAAAAGCAAGGUGACCAUAAAGGGGCACUUGCACACCUACAGAUUCUGUGAUAAUGUGUGGACUUUCAUUGUUCAAGAUGCCAUCUUCAAGUAUGAUGAAACCCAGGAGAAUGUUGGUCAAGUUAAAAUAGUGGCAUGUGACUCCAAGCUUCUUACUCAGUGA